UCUCCUCCCUCCCACUCUCCAUUUCCCUUCCGUCCCCUCCCCGGCAGGGCGUGCUCCACUCCGAGGCAGGAUCUGUCUGGUCCCCCGCCUUCCAGUCCGAAAAUCCCGCCAAGGGAGCCGCAGAGCAGAGGAAAAGCCAAAGUGGGGAGAGGGGAAGAAAGAGACCAGCGAGUCACCGUGCGUGCCGGAGGCAGGGAGCAGGCGCGGCCGCGAGCAGCAGUGCCUCGGGUACCUGGACUCCGGGCAGAAAACCUCGCCCCGACCAACAAAGGCAGCCUGAGCGCACGCGGCACGUUCGCAACUCCGAAAUGCAGACUCAACAGUACCUGCAGCAGCGUCGAAAAUUUGCAGCUGCCUUCCUGGCAUUUAUUUUCAUUUUAGCAGCUGUAGAUACUGCUGAAGCAGGAAAGAAAGAGAAACCAGAAAAGAAAGUGAAGAAGUCCGACUGUGGAGAAUGGCAGUGGAGUGUGUGUGUGCCCACCAGCGGGGACUGUGGGCUGGGCACACGGGAGGGCACCCGGACCGGAGCUGAGUGUAAACAAACCAUGAAGACCCAGAGAUGUAAGAUCCCCUGCAACUGGAAAAAGCAAUUUGGAGCGGAGUGCAAAUACCAGUUCCAGGCCUGGGGAGAAUGUGACCUGAACACGGCCUUGAAGACCAGAACUGGAAGCCUGAAGCGAGCCCUCCACAACGCCGACUGUCAGAAGACAGUCACCAUCUCCAAGCCCUGUGGCAAACUGACUAAGCCCAAACCUCAAGAAUCUAAGAAGAAGAAAAAGGAAGGCAAGAAACAGGAGAAGAUGCUGGACUAAAAGACGCCACCUUCCGUGGACCAUGAAGAGGACAUCAGCAAACAGGAUCAGUUAACUAUUGCAUUUAUAUCUACCGUAGGCUUUUUAUUCAAAAAUUAUCUAUAGCUUAAGUACACAAUAGGCAGAAACAAAAAGAAAAGAAAAAUUUUGUAGUAGCAUCUUUUUAAAUGUAUACCAUAGUACAACUAGGGGCUUAUAAUAAAGGACUGUAAUCCUAUUUAGAAAGUUGACUUAUAGUACAUGAUAAGUGAUAGAAAACUGAGGUAAGUUUUUUGAAGUUAUGUGAUAUUUUACAUUUAAAAUCUUUUUUUACAUUUUUUUUCUUUUGGCAGCAAUUUAAAUGUUAUGACCAUGUAAACUACUUCUCUUGUUAGGUAAUUUUUUCACCUAGACUUUUUUUCCCAAUUGAGAAAAAUGUCUACUAAACAAAGCAGCAAUAAAAUAUGAUCAUCCUAUUUGAGGAAAAUAUCUUUUUUUCUGCCAAUGGAUUUUAAAAACAUUUCAGUCAGCAAAAUGAGGGGAGCAGGGUCAGAGCAUGUCCUAGUUCAAUGUUGACUUGUUUAAAAAGAAAAGCAUUAAAACAUGAAAUUAUUUUGCUUUGGCAGAAAUAUUUGUUUUCUUGAUGAAAUUAUUUUUCCAUCUGAGGAAAAAAAAAAGACUAGGAAAAUAAAUCAAGGUGAUGCUGAAAAAAA